GAAAGUCCCAUGGCACGAGCUUGUACAGCGUCCUUCGUUGGCGUCGCCAGCCACAAAUCCGUGUUGGUCGUACAGAACAAUAUUCAACUUACGUUUCUUGACUCAAAAGCAGGAAACAUAAUCACACAUUUCCUCAAGAGCGACAUGAAGAUUUCCCAAGCCCAAGCUAACUUUACCUUCCCACAAUGACGGGAUGUAGUGUUCCGAAUCAUGCUUCAUGGCCAAACGAGCUCUUGCCAUCAGACUGUCAUUAUUUAGCAAGAAUCAUCCAUUACUGGCAACAACCUACAAUGAUAUUGGAUUGGUUCUGAAUAAAAUAGGUGAUUUUGAAGUUGCUCUGUCAAUGCAUGAGAAAGCUUUUGCCAUUAGAUUGUCAGCAUUGGGCAAGAAUCAUCCUGAUGUGGCAACCACCUACAAUGACAUUGGGCUUGUCCUGGAUGAUGUGGGUGACUUAGAAGGUGCAUUGACAAAGCAUGAAGAAGCUCUUGCAAUUCGAAUUUCAGCAUUGGGCAAGGAUCAUCCUGAUGUGGCAUCCACGUACAACAAUAUUGGGCUUGUUCUGCAUAAAAUGGGGCACUAUGAAGUUGUCUUGUCCAAGUAUGAGGAGGCUCUUGCCAUUGAAUUGUCAUUAUUGGGCAAGAAUCAUCCAAAAGUGGCAUCCACCUACAACAAUAUUGGCUCUCUUCUAUAUUGCACAGGUGACUGCAAAGGUGCGUUGACAAAGCACGCGGAAGCUCUUGCAAUUCGAAUUUCAAUAUUGGAAAAGGGUCUUCCCUCAGUGGCAAACAAUAUUGGUACUGUUCUGCAGACGAUGGGUGACUAUAGAGGUGCUUUGGCAAAGCAUGAGGAAGCUCUUGCCAUUAAAUUGUCAGUACAUGGCAAGGAUCAUCCCUCAGUGGCAACCACAUACAACAAUAUUGGGCUUGUUUUGGAUGAGAUGGGUGACUAUGAAGGUGCUUUGUCAAAGUAUGAAGAAGCUCUUGCCAUUGAUUUGUCAGCAUUGGGAAAGAAUCAUCCUGAUUUAGCAACCACCUACAACAAUAUUGGUUCUGUAUUCUAUUCUAUGGGUGACUAUGAAGGUGCUUUGGCAAAGUACGAGGAAGUUCUUGCCAUUAGCUUGUCCGCGUUGGGCAAUACUCAUCCUGAUGUGGCAAGCACCUACCACAACAUUGGUCUUGCUCUGAGUAAGAUGGGUCGCCACAGAGGUGCCUUGGCAAAGUAUGAGGAAGCUCUUGCCAUUAGCUUGUCAGCAUUGGGCAAGAAUGAUCAUGAGGUGGCAACCACCUACGCCAGCAUUGGUGUUGUUCUCUAUGAUGUUGGUGACUAUGACGGUGCCUUGUCAAAACAUGAGGAAGCUCUUGCCAUUCGAUUGUCAGCAUUGGGCGAGAAUCAUCCUGAGGUGGCAGCCAGUUACAACAACAUUAGGGCUGUUUUAUAUUGCGUGGGUGACUACUCUGGAGCCUUGUUGAAAUUUGAGAAGUGCCAUUCGGGAGCAAGCUUUGGGAUCAGAUCAUCCUGA